AUGAUUAGACUUUUUAUAGGGUACUGCUAUAACGGCGAACGAUCCCAAAUGAGAUGCUCCUCUAACUCCGUCUGCUCGGGAGGUCAAACUUGCAUUAACGGACUAUGCUGCAAAACAACGGGCGACGAGUGGCAGAAUGCAUGUGCGGGAAUAACUGCACUUGCCAGUUGCACAAAUGGCACAUGUGGUGAGUUCGUCUGCACCACGUCGAAUUAUUGCUGCGAAUGUGCGUAUGGAAGAACCAGUGGAUUGUGUUCUCAGUCAUUCAGUCAACUGGCCUGUAAAGUAUGUAGUCAACAAUCAAGGCGUAAAAGAAUGAAUGAACAGUUGCAUAUUCAUGUGAUUGAACAUUAG